AUGGAUGUAUUCAUUCAACCAACAAAAGGAAGGUCAUUUGCAAUCGAAGUCGGAUAUUUUGACACUAUUUUAGAGAUCAAAGACAAGAUCCAAAGAGAUCAAGGUAUUCCUAUACCAAAACAAACUCUAAUCUUCAAAGGUAACGUGUUAGACGAUCAUCUAAACGUUCAUUAUUCAGAUAUCCUUGAUCGUUCUCACAUUCAACUCGUCAUAGAAUCCGAACCGGACAAGAAUAACGUGGUCAAGAUAGAACAACCGGCACCAUCAUCUCUAACGAGAAAAAUCCAACUCCUCCUCAAAAUGCCAAAGUCCAAACUCGGAGUCGCGUUAGAGGUGGACGUUACGGAUAGUGUUAGGAGGGUAAAAGAGAGAAUUCAUGAUAUGGAAGGUGUACAUGUGAGUAAAUUAGUCAUGCAUGCAAAUGGAAUCGAAUUGAUUGAUCAUCAGACUCUUCAAGAUUAUAGACUUAUAGAUAAUUCAGAAAUCAAUGUUAGUAUCAGACCUAGUACGAUCAUGGUGUCCGCACCACCACCACCAACAACAACUUUUUUGGGAUCGCCCAUGAAUAAUAACGGAAAUGGACUGAAGAAAUUAAGAAUUAUGAUUUUAUCGAAAUGUGGCACUAAUAAAAUUCCGAUCGAAGUUAAUCCAUCAGACAAUGUGGGACAUUUGAAGAAAGAGUUGCAAAAAUUGGAAUUAGAGCUUCCACAAGAAGGGUAUUUUUUUAUUUAUAAACAAAAUGUUAUGGAUGAUGAUCGUUCAUUUAGAUGGCAUCAUGUUUGUCAAGGUGACACUAUUGAGAUCUUUAAUGGUAGUGUCACUGGUGGAGUUUGA